GCUGCUGGACGAUGUUUGUUUUCAAGAGACAGAGGGGUUUACCAGAGCUGGGGGCACAGUGACAGAGGUGCCCCAGUAACUCUAUCACGGUUUACCAGUAAUUUUGAGCAUAUAAGUCUAGAAACGAGCGGCCAUGGCUCUGUGCGGGGGUGUGGGAGCCUUGGCCUUGCCUAGCGAGCUCAUCGUCCACAUCUUCUCCUUCCUGUCAGACUGGGACAAGCUGCGGGCCUCGGCGGUGUGCUCUCGCUGGAGGGAGUGUCUUUUCUACCCCGCACUGUGGACGGACCUCAAACUGCGGCUCGGUGGGGCCACGGGCGGGGGCGGCUCCGGCCCUGGAGAAACCCCAAAGCUGGAAUUCCUCAUGCGCAAGUUUGGAUCCUUCGUGCGUGAGCUGGAAUUGGAGUUCGCCCCAGUGGAGGGAUACCCCAGUCCCGUGCAGGGAGCGGAGCCUGCGGAAAACGACCCGCAGUUUCCUGCCCGCUGGAAGGAAGCUAUGGACUGCUAUCUGGACCAGGUAUUAUGCGUGCUGAGAGGUCUGCGAAAUAACAGAAAUCUUCAGAAGCUGAGCAUGUAUGGAUCCACCUGUAUUCUGCUAGACGAAGACUUUUUGGAGAGCACCUACUCCAACCAGGACAACCAGGAAAGCAAGAAACUGAAAGAGAUCCAGCAGCUGUUUGAGCAGGUCCUGGCCAACAGCAGGCAGAUGAAGUGGCUGGGCUGCGCCUUCAUGCUGGGCAUGGUGACCCCCAGCUCCCUCUCGGCGCUGUCCAACCUCAGCGCCGGCUGCCUGGAGCACCUGGGCCUGCUCAACGCCCACGCCCCGCCCCUGCUGGACGACCAGACCCCGCCCCUCCCCGAUGGCCUGCCCCCGCCCCUGCUCCGCCCCCUGGAGCUGGAGCGCCUGCCCCGCCUGCGCUCCCUGGCGCUCGACUUCCACCACUUCACCUCGGGCAUGUGCCGCGCCCUGGCGGGCAGCGACCACGCGCCCCUGCUCCGCCUCUCCCUGCUGCUGGCCGGCACGGCCCCGCCCGACGCGCCCCUGGAGGACACGCCCAGCGAGGAGGACUGGCGGACGCUGGCACAGAGCAGCGCCGGCCUGCGGGUGUACCUGAUGGCCCUGGACGCGCGCAGCGAGGACCUGCUGAAGGUGCUGAAGCCCAGCCUGCCCCUGGAGCGCUUCCACUUCGACAGCUACGCCGUCUGCUCGGCCGGCACCCUGGAGCUCAUCUGCCUGCAGUACCACAGGACCCUCACGCACUUCACCCUGGUGAGGGACGACGCCCGCUUCCCCGACCUCAGCGAGAACCACAACGAGGACCCGCUGGUGCUGCUGGCCUGGCGCUGCAAGUGCCUCUCUCUGCUGGUCCUCCACGGCUACACGGUGUGGGCCCACAACCUCAUCGCCAUCUCACGCCUGCGUGGCCACAGGCUCAGCGUGCUGGAGGUGCAGGAGGAGAGCAUCCACUUCGACGCCUACCAGGGCCUGGUCCUGGGCAAGGACCCCAUGCACCACCUCACCAAGGAGGUGUCCCUGAGCCUGGGCCGCGCCUGGAGCCCCGCUCUCGAGUCCAGCAUCCUCCUGAACGACCCUACCCAGCACUUCUACAGGGAGGCGCAGAUCUUCAGCGCGGGCAUGUAGACCCCGCCCACCCCCGCCGUGCCCAAUGCCCUGUUACACAACAGGCCAUGUUGUUUUAUUAUUAUCAUUAUAUAUUUUUGGAAUCUGUUUUUUUUUUUUUUCGUUUUCCUGUAGCUUGAAUUAACUCUUUGUAUGUGCUGUGUUUAAUCAGUAUUGGCUCCAUAUUUAUAUCUACCUUUGUAUCUUAUUAAUCAGAGAAGGGUAGACGGGGGAUGGUUCAGUACUUAGUGGGCGGGUCGGAGGUGGGGCUUUUUGUGGCUAGCCUGCGGGAGGAGUAAGACGGUUCAAGGGUUUUUGUUCGUUUCGUUCAUUUUAUCUGUGCUCACCGGAAGGGUAGUGCGGAGCAGCCCGGAGGUGAAGUCCGUCAGUCUGUUUGCGCUUGCCUGUCGCGCUACAUUGCUUUUUUUGCGAGGCCCGUGUCUUCUGAGAGGAGAGACACAGAGAGUGAGAGCAAGGGGGUGGGGCCCUGCACGCUUAUGGCCUUGAAAGGCGACGCCGCUCCCGUGUCUGUACAGCGCCGCGCUCAGACGGCUCAGGGAACGCCUCAGGCCUCUCCUAAACCGCCGCCCCCCCCUCACCCAACUCCGGCUAGCGCCACACACGCCACCAUGGCGAUGAUAAUGAUGAUGACAUAUGAAGAACGGCUGGCCGAGACUUUUUAAUCGUUAGUUUUGUUAGUCAGAGGGGCCUGGAACAUCCCCUUGUGUCUAAGGUCAGCAGUGUUCGAUCUGCAAGGCUCGAAAUGGAGGAAGAGGAGCGUUUUGUUUUUAAGCUGUUCUUUUUUUUUAACAUAUCUCAGGAAGUUUGCCCUCGCGGCGCUGCUAUGAUGAAGGCUUAAGUGUGGCUCUGUUUCUCUCGCUCCGUUUUCCCCCUCUGUGGUUCGGCCGCAAAAGGCCUCUGCUUCCCAGGCCGAGGUAUCAGGCCAGUGCUUUUGUAGUGUCAGAGGGUAUUCUGCCAACCUCUGUUAGGGUCAGCGCGAGUCUGGCUGCCCGUUUGGAGGUGAUUUAUGGUGUUAGCUGCCUGUGUUAGGGCAAAAUGUGGCAUUAGGCGUUAGAGCAGGUGCAACGCUAGCAGCGGGCAGUGUUAGAAUGAAUGUGACAAUAGCUGCCUCUGCUGGAGCAGAUUUGAUGCUAGCUGCCUGUGGCAAGGCGAAUUUGAUGUUACUUGCCUGUGUUAGGGUGAAUGUGAAUGCUAGCUGCCUGUGGAAAAGCAGCCCUUGGUAACUGCGUCUGCCUGAUAGCCCAGGUUGAGUGUGGCUGAACGGCACAGCGUGUUCAGGGAGGGUGUCUUACUUUGCUGCCUGAAGGACGCGUUCCUCACAUCGGAGGGUGUUGGCGGCAGACAUCGGAAGGCGUCGGAGGCCAGCCGGUCUGUGAAGCCCGCCUGCCUGGGGCUGCUCCCUUACGGUCGCUGGGCUAACCAAAGAGAGUCGACAAGAGCUUCAAGGCAGUCGCCGAUUAUGUACUGUGUAAAAUGCGAAUGCUCCUCUGCUGUCUUAGCUAGAAGUUCGAAAAGCGAGGAUCCACAUGACUGCCCUUGUCUGAGGCCGCCCGCAUGAGAGGGGCAUGAUGGAAGGGUAGAGCUUGUAGACUCAGUCUUGCCUGUGCUGCUUUAAAUAUUUCCUCUUUCUAGCUCGCCCCAAAACCCGCAGAGCGUCAGUACUGGAUACAUUUGCCUGACAGCUGGCAGGGGUUGAGACCACGGUGCCAGUUAACUGUUGUCCUUAGAGUAGCUGUUUGCGUCAUGCCUGAACCCAGGGAGCUUCCAUGUCACGCCUGCAUUGUUCGUUUGUUUCCAACCGAUGCCUGGUACAACGUUAAAUUAAUGUUCACUGUAUCAUUGGAGUACUGAAGUGUUUAUUUCUUUUGUAAGAUUGCAUACACGUGGGGUGGGUUGUGAAAGGUGUACCAGUUUCUCACCAGUUAACCAAUAGGAAACAGCCUUUCUCAGGGUUUCUGUUAGGCCAGAGGUGGAGCUUACCCAUCCAGGGGCGGAGCUUACCUGCUCAUGGGCAGAGCUGUGCCGCCCGGGGGAGGAGCUUACUCUCUUAGGGGUGGGGCUUACCCGUUUGGGCCUGGAAUGUGAGUUUUUUUUGUGGAGGAAAAAAAUAACGCCUCUCAGUAAGUCACUGGAAUUUUGCUUGUGUCGGCGCAUGUGUCAGCUGCCAAAGAUCCUGGGAAUGUUACCCUGUUUAAGUGCCCUCAUGCUGGCAGGGGGAGGUCAGCCAACCUAUAUUACUGCUACUGCUAGACUUACGAACGCGUUCAACCUGUGCGGUUCACAGCAGCGCUGUGGCUCGGUCAGCGACGGUAGGACUAUUACACGACCGUGCAUUUUGUUUCACUGUGAAGAGAACGUUUUAUGAAAAGAGAAACCACGGUUGGUUCUAUCAAACCUGUAAGCUGCUAUGAGACGUUAAGGAACAUUCCACCAGGAGGAAGGGGGGGAAAAAAAGGCCAAAUGUCUGUGUAAGGUUAUUUAUUUUUUUUUAACAUUUCUUUUCUCUCUGCAUUGGGGUCCAAUCGGAUAGCUGGUCUGUUACAACCUUUGCCAGUGUGAAGUCUAUCCACGAGAAAGAUCAGGGAGCUUUCUCUUCCUUCAGCCCCACGCACUGCUACCGCGAAAAGUAUGGGGCGGAUCUCGUCUUUGAAAAAGACCAGUCGCUUCUUACAAACCCCAUGUUCUAUUUCGAUUUGUGUUUUUGGAGACCGUUAUAUGCAUUCGCAGUCUGAAUUCCACCAGCUUUGUGCUGUUCUCAGCUCAGCUGACAGCGGCCACUUGAGCACAGAGCCAGUUACUUUACUCUGUUGCCGAAAAAUCGAGGCUGAACACAGGGCACCGUUAGACCACGCGUGUUUCAAGCCCGCUGCAUAGGUGGCGCUCAAAAUGCUGCCAUUUUAUCAUACCCAGCUUGCAUCACAAACAAGGUCAAACUAUGCAAGAGGAAAGCAUAUAAUCUCAUGGCAUUGACUUUCUUUUUUUUUCCUUUUCAUUCUCUGUGAUUUUUUUAAUGGAAAGAACUUGCUAACAAUGAUACUUGGCCUUAUUAUUUUAAAAUCUUGACGCUCUGGAAGCGAACUCCGUUUCCGGGGCGACCGCGGGCACAGACGUUGUCUCUGUGAGACUGGCUUGCUGGCCCCUGUUUGUUUUAAGUGGUACGAAUGUUGUGCAUUUGUUUAAAAUCAGGACAGCUUGCAAUAAAGACGUUGUAAAGUGGCCAACAUGGGGUACUAGCAGUGCUAAGACCUGGCUGCGAUUUCAGAAAUAACACACACACGCACAUGCGCGCACACACACACACACACACACACACAGACAAGCAUAUAUACACAGACACACACAGUAUAUAUGUGUAUAUGCAACACGUCUGGAUUCUAUUUAUGAACAUGAAGAAGUUUAUAUGCAUGAUUUGCAACAAAAAAGGGUUUUACCAUCUUAAAUGUUUGCUAUUGGGGCAGACUUGCAUUGUCUGUGUUUUUGUCUCCAGUUAGCAGAAAGUGUUGGAUUUUAUUUGUGCAUCAGCGCGGGUAGAUUGACCUGCAGGUUGGAGAAGAGGGGUGAUUUUUUAACUUUCGGCCUUGAUCAGGGGUUCCAAAAAGAAAAGAACCGAUGGAUGUGGUUUGA